UUUCAAUGCACAAACCAAAAUUCUCUCACAUACAUAAUUUUUAUGUUAUUCGUCGUCGGUUGUGAGCACCUCGCUCUCCUCUCUCAAUUCUCUUCGGUACCAGACGUCUAAAAGCUUUCGUCUGUGUGUAAAGCUUCGCUUUGCCUGCCUGCUAGAAAGGAAUCAAAUCAUUCGUAUCAUCUCGUUCACUCGCACACAACACCAAACCGUUUGUUUUUACGUUUUACUACGAUUGAAAAAAAAAAUAUCAUUUACGACGAUGAUGCCUUUUUCCAAGGCGAGAGCAUAAAACUUUUUUUGUGACGGUAGGAAAAAAUUAUGCUAACAUCUCCUCACUGUGUGGGCGUCGAUCGUAGACGUAAAACGUGUUUUUUGAACUCUUGUCUUUAGCAAUUUUCACAUAUAGAGGAAUAAAUAAGAACAAAACAAAAGCACAAAAAAAAAAUUAUAUAGUCAGGAUAAUAAUCAUCAUACAAUAUCAUUUUUAUAGUCAAGACUCAGUGAGUGUGUGUGUGUGCGUCUGUGUGCUUUCCUCUACAGUUUUUAUUUUUAAUUUUGCCGCGACAUUUUUUAGUGAUAAAUUGAUUUUUAAUCCCAGCAUAUAAACUUUCUUUUCUUCAUCAUUACACCGUCCGUAAAUUGAUUUUUUUUUUCUCCUGAUUCCAAGUGUACAGCUUCUAUUUUUUUCUUCUUGUGUGCUUCCUCACUCAAUACAAGGAGGAAAUAUCGCGCGGGAGCUUUAUUUAAAAAUAUAAAGGAAGAAAAAUUGGAGUUAAUUUGCUUGGUGUAGCCCUAAAUUGUCAUACCUUCGUACACAAAAAAUAAGUGAAUUCAUAAAAGAAAGUGAAAUAAAAAUGUGGUGCUUAAAUUUAUGAUUCCAUUAUUACAAGUGAGGAAUUUUUUUCUACAUCAUCUAAUAAAUAAAGGAUAUACCAACCAACCUAUCCAACGACGACGACAAUAAAGUCACGGCAGUGAAUACUCAUCAAUUGAAGAGAUUCUUUCAAGCCCAAUAAUUUUAUAUUUUUCGCUAAGCGAGGGAAUAUAUAACCGAUACUAUACAACUCAUUUGCUGCCUAAAUUAAUUUUUCAUCAACAUGACGGCUCUUGUAAAGGAACUAGAAUGUCGGUUUGAAACGUUCACAUCAGAUAUUAGAAAAAGUUUCUUUAAUCGUGAACGAGCAUCAACAAAUGAUUUUAAUAAUACCGAGAAGAAGCAAGAUAAGACAGAAACAUUAAAGACACAAAUUGCGUCUGUAGCAUUAUCCGCACUAAAAAGGGAUUCGAGUAGAGAUUCAAGAGAUAGUGAUAAAAUAUCAACAGCAAAUCAACAGCUUUCAACGCAAUUAGAUUCUCCUCUGCACCAUCAUCAGCAACAACAACAUCAGCAGCAUCAACAGUAUCAACAUAAAGAACGAAAAAAUCCCCCAAAUCGUUUAGCUCUCGCACCACCACCAAUUCCAAAGCGAACAUUUCAAGGAAGACUUUACAAUCCAAAUUGUGAGACGACGACAAAAUUGCCUAAAGUUCAAUCUAAAAGCUUAUCGGAUGCUGAUAAUAAAUUAGAUUGUCCAAGUGAUUUGUGUUCAAUUAGCUUUGAUGACAUUGGUGAUUCAGAUGAUUUAGUAAUUUUUGAUAAGAAACUUGAUCCAAAUCAAUCAUCGAGUGAUUCUAGUCGCUCGCAAACGACAAUUGAUACAGGUUAUAUAUCGGCAUUUGAGGGAGAUCGCUCAUCUGUGUCCACAAAUCAGCGACAUUUUCGCGGACGCUUUUCAUCGGAAGAUACACAAUCAUCAUUGGACAGUUAUUUAUCAUCUGAUUUACAGCGUGCUGAUACAAUUGAUUCAUUACACAGUAAUUUCACUGAUUCACCAUUUGUUCUCAAAAAGAAUUCCAAUAUUUUCAAUUUCGAUCAAAAUCGCUUGACGAAAAAGAUAUCAAGCAGUGGCUCAAUUGAUUCUGACAACAAUAAGUCAAUUUCAACACCAAUUAAAUCAAAUUCUGGUAUGCGCACUAGCAGGCCAAUUGUGCCUACACGAAAAGGAAUUAGACCUCCACCAAUACCACCAUUAAGAGCAUCGCAAUUAGCUGACAUAAUGAAAGACGCCGAGCAGUGCUUGUCAUCAAUGAUGAGUAGCGCUAGCGGUAAUAGCAACAAUGUCGUCCGCUCAAGUGAUUGUAAUAAACCACCACCAUUAAAUCAAAUCCAUCAUGCGAAAAUUAAUCAACGUCAGGACUCGAAUAUAUCUAGUGACAGCUAUUCAAUGAUGUCAAGUCCCGGUUACAGCACUAAAAAUAUGGAAGCUCCUUUACUACACAAUGUCUCUAAGAUAAAUAAAUCUAAAAAUAUUCACCAGAAUUCUACCGAUAGCUUUAUUUUGUCAAAUAUUAAUAAAAAUUCUCAACGUGGAUGCGCAGGAGGCAGUAUUUAUACAAGACGUCAAGAUUCAAGCAUAUCAAGUGAUAGUUUUAGUCAAACAUCUAGUCCAAGUUCAAAGUUAUUAGAUGCACCACUUUUGGCACAUGCUGCAAAAAUGAGUACAUAUAAACAAUGUUAUAAACCUAACGAUGAAAUAGCACAAGAAACCAUUGACAAUAACAAUGCUGCUGCUAUCAUAAAGAGUGCGUCGACUCCAGCCAGCUUACAAACAAUCGUCAGAUUUUCUAACGGUUCAAAUAUGUCUUUGCAGCACAAGAUUCUGCGAGCUCGCAAGAAUUCCAAUCCAUACGUGACACGUGGCAUUUUACGCUUUCGUCUUUGUCAGAUAUUAUUGAAUGCAAUUGCUCUUAUUAUAAUUGCCUGUGGACUGGCCGCUUAUUUUCGUGCAUAUCCUACCAUCAAGUUUGUCAACAAGACUAUAAGUGUUCCAACACGUCUCGAUUUAUCUGAAACAAUGAGUAUCAAUCCAGCAAGAGGCAUAUGCCUUCCGAUUAUUGUGAAAUUUUGUCAAAACCACAAAGUUCCAUACAAUUUUACCGUAUUUCCAAACUACAUCGGUCAUUUUGGACAACUCGAAGCUCAAGUUGAACUCGAGCAAUUUGAUGCACUUGUUGAUGUGCAAUGCUUUGAGCUAGCUCCGUUAUACUUGUGCGCAUUAUUCGUUCCAAAGUGCAGUUCAUCAGGAAAGCCUGUACCGCCAUGCAAAAACUUAUGUGUUGAAACAAUGAGACGUUGUGGAUUCUUUUUUGACGUCUUUGGCUUAGAACUUCCUGAAUAUCUUAAUUGUAAGCUAUUUACUGACUCAAUGGAUGCCGACGAGUGUGUUGGCGGUAAAGAGAUGAAGGAAUUCAAAGCACGAAAGCCUGUUUGCGAUGAAUUUGCGUGUGAUAAGAAUAAAAGAUGUAUCCCAUAUAAAUACGUAUGUGACGGUGUUGUAGACUGUUUCGAUCAGACAGAUGAAUUGAGAUGUGCUCCAUGCAAUCAAACAUUAUCAAAUGAACGAGCAUCAUUAAUCCAUUGUGGUGAGAAGAAGUGUAUGAGUGACAGACACAUUUGUGAUGGAACUGUAACUUGUCCUUAUGGAGAAGAUGAGAGGAAUUGCAUAAGACUUAGUUCCACGAACGGAGAUCUCGGUAAAGGUACCCUUGAGGUUUAUAAGGCUUCAAAGAAACGUUGGGAGCCCGCGUGUAUUCGGAAUUGGGACGAAAGCUAUUCACCAUCUAAAGUUUGCACAAUGCUCGGUUACAGCUCAGUGAACUCUAGCCGAUUGUUGAAAAAGGGUACAAACAUUACAAUUAAUGCUAAUCAAGAUACACAAGUUUACAUGAGAAUGUCACAAAGGAAAUCGUCGACCUUGCUGAAAGAGUUUACGAGCUGUAAUGAUGAUGCAUCUCAGAUUGUUGUCGAAAUGGCAUGCUCAAAUUUCGAAUGCGGAAAGGUUCGUGCACGUCGUAGAUUCCCAAAAACUCGAAUUGUUGGUGGAAAUGAAUCAAAACCUGGUGACUGGCCUUUUCUGGCUGCUAUUUUGGGUGGACCUGAGGAAAUUUUCUACUGUGCUGGUGUACUGAUUGCUGAUCAGUGGGUGCUUACUGCUAGUCAUUGCAUUGGAAAUCAUACAUUAAGGAAUCUAAACGAUUGGACAAUUCAACUUGGCAUGACACGUCGUCACUCGCACUCCCAUUAUGGACAGAAGAUAAAAGUAAAGAAAGUCAUACCUCAUCCAUUAUACAAUGACAUUGUUGCACAUGAUAAUGAUAUCGCAUUGUUUCAAUUGGCUACACGUGUCGCCUUUCAUGAUCAUUUGCUGCCAGUUUGUUUGCCACCAAGUACGAUGAAAGAGUUAGAGCCAGGAACAAAAUGUGUUGUCAUCGGCUGGGGAAAGAAGGAAGACAGAAAUUCAAAUCCAAAUGCACAAAAUACAGCAUAUGAAACAGCAAUCAAUGAGGUUUCUGUACCAGUAUUAAAUCGAGAUACUUGCAAUGAAUGGUUGGAUUCACUCAAUGUUACUGAUGGCAUGGCAUGUGCUGGUUAUCCGGAAGGAAAAUAUGAUGCUUGUCAAGGGGAUAGUGGAGGUCCUUUACUCUGCCCAAUGCCAAAUGAUCGUGAUAAAUGGUUUGUUGGUGGCAUCGUCAGUUGGGGAAUAAUGUGUGCUCAGCCAAAACUACCAGGAGUAUAUGCGAAUGUUCCAAAAUAUAUUCCAUGGAUAUUGAGUCAGAUAAACAAUCAUACGAAAUUCCCAGAGAACGGAGGUUAAAUUUCUGACCUUUUCGGUUAAGAAAUAACAAAUCAUACAUAAUCAAAGAUUAAAUUUAAGUUUGCUGAACGAUAUGGGGCAAGUAUGACAUCACGUAGACGAUUUUACCCCCAUGAGACAUCAUUUAUUUCAUUAUUUGAAUAUGAACUGGAUCAUUUGUUUUUCUUUCUCGUCUCUAUUUUACUUCGUCGUCGUCAUCUGAAUUCGAAUGCGAAUAAAAGCUAGAGAAUGGAAAGAGAAAUGUUAUCAAAUGGCAAUUUUGUUUUUUUUUUCUUCUUUCUUUGGUAUAUCUCUGUGCUGUUUUAUGCCUCUGUGAAAAAGGGAAUUUUAUAUUCUUGAUAAUAAAUCAUAUCCAAACGUUCAUACAUUCAUAAAUAUAAUAUACAAUUUGAUCGAAUAUGAAACCGCUUUUGGUCACCACUACUACAUAUCAAUAAGUCUUUUGUGAUAAAGACAUGAUAUUGAGGAAAAUAAAGAAGUAUUUUGGAGCUUUUGUGAUUAUUUCUAUUUCUCGUGAGGGCCUAUUCACUAGUUAUGUAAUUCAAAAUUAAAUUUUUUUUUAAAAUAAGAAAGAAAUGAAUUAUUUGAAUUGCUACAAAAUCUCCCCCAAAACUUAGUGAACGACCCCCAAGACAAAUGAGAAAAAAGCAUGAAAACAUGAAUUUUUUUAUAAGAUGGAAAUAAACUUACAUCGGUUGCUCUUUUUGAAAAGAAUGAAUUGAAUUUUUAUAGAAAUUAUUUAUUUAUUUGUGGGAUUUUUAAAGAGGAAUUACAAAAAAAUAAAUAAAAAUAUUAUGAUGACUAUAAUGAUGAAGAAAUUUUUAAAAAAAGAGUAGAGUAUAAAAUAUAUUAAAGAAGUAUUUUGGAAGAAAAUAAAUUAUCCAAAGAAAGAAACACGCUUAACUAUUAAAUAAAUAUAUACAUAUGCAACUACUAUAUGAAUAAUGAGAAAAAAAUAUAGAAUUCAAGAAACGUAAUGUAUGACAAUACUAUAAAAAUACAAUAAUAUAUUGUUUUCUAGAAACGAUGAUGAUGAUGAUGAUAUGAAAAUAAUGACGUAGAUGAAUCAUGUUGAUGUAUCAGAGUUAUUGGAUGACUCUUGAGAUUAGUGUCGUCAUAAAAGAUAUAACAAUGAUUAUUAAAAAUGAGUGAUUUUGAGUUUUGGUUUUGAUCUUUAUUAAGUGGACAAGAUUAGACAUUCAAAAUUGACUUUUUAUUACUAGAUUCUAAGAGAUUAUCAAAAACUAUUGUCAAUUCUUAAAUCUUAGAUUUGGGUUUUUCAAUUAUUAUAUCAAAUCUUUUGAAUACUGACAUUAUUUUGACAAAAGUCGAGAAAAGGC